AUGUCUUCCUCCCACGAUUAUAUUCACUCACUCCAAAGGUCAGAGGAUCCCGAUGAUCUUUCUGGCUCCGAUGACGAUGACCUCGAGCUGGGGGAACUCGAUCCUCACACAGCCCAACCUCGCCCCUCUCCCACUUCCAAGGACUACUCAACCCGUUCGCGCGAUUAUGGACCAGGGAUCGCUUUAAGGAACUUGCGCGUGAGCGUGGGCAAUCGUUGGAAACGCAACAUCUCUCGGCAGCAUAUGGAUUCAGACGACACCGACGCCCUGUUGGAGGACCAAGGGGGCGAUGGAGUUCGAAGGUCCCACGGUAGCUCUAGAAACCUGACAGACGACGAUGCGCCAUUACUUGAUCCGCGAGACUCCCCCCGAAUGUCUCGAGACGAUCAUUCAUCGAAAAAGGGCUACCGAUUCCGCCUCCCGAGCCUGGGUGCCUCCAGUUUCCUACAAAGCGCAACCAACACAUCCCGACAGCAGCGAGCAGAUCAAGAAGACAGGCCUCCGCGCGAGGUUCUUGUUGGCCAGUAUCAGCUCGCUAAGUACCCAGCCAAUGUAGUCUCGAACGCCAAAUACACCGCUUGGAGCUUCCUACCGCGCACAUUAUACAACGAGUUCUCGUUCUUCUUCAACAUCUACUUCUUAUUUGUUGCUCUUUCACAAGUGAUACCGGUUCUUCGUAUCGGCUACAUGUCCUCGUAUAUCGCCCCGCUAGCAUUUGUUGUAUCGAUAUCUCUCGGGAAGGAGGCACUCGACGAUCUUGGUCGGCGACGGCGAGAUGCCGAAGCAAAUUCCGAGGGCUUUACAGUUCUUUCCCUGGACAAAUCGAGCGCUGUCGAAAUAACGAAAAAGUCUCGAGAUUUGAGAGUCGGGGAUGUGCUCAAGGUUCGCAAGAAUCAGCGACUGCCGGCCGACGUUGUCAUCUUGAAAAGUAUCUCGAAUGAUCCCGACUCGAAUGAUCCAACCCAACGACCCUCGAACGGCGGUACCAUCGGAGUAUCGGACGUCAUUUCCAAAUCGUCGAACGAUGGACAUGAGCAAGGCGUCCCAGGAAGAUCUGAGACUCCCGUCCUGGACAGCGAUGCCACUGACACGUUCAUUCGAACUGAUCAGUUAGAUGGUGAAACAGAUUGGAAGCUUCGAUUGCCAUCUGCACUAUCCCAGCCUCUUUCUUUGAAAGAUUUGUCACGACUCAAGAUUACUGCAAGUUCUCCUGACAAGCGUGUCAACGAAUUUGUUGGUACCAUUCAAUUAGGCCCCCCGUCUGGCUUCUACGACGCGCAUGUGGAUAAUUCAAGGCAUUCCGGCGAAGAUCACGACAACUCACAUGGCGUGGGUCAGCAAUCUAACUCGGCGCCGCUGACUAUCGACAACACAGCGUGGGCCAAUACCGUUCUCGCUUCAAAUACCGUGACCUACGCUGCCAUUAUCUAUACAGGCUCUCAGACACGAGCUGCUCUCUCUACUUCGGCCUCUCGGUCCAAGGUCGGCUUGCUGGAAUAUGAGAUUAAUAACUUGACCAAAAUCUUGUGUGUAUUGACUUUUGCAUUGUCACUCAUUCUCGUUGCACUGGAAGGCUUUGAGCCUACAAACGACAAGAAGUGGUAUGUCGCAAUCAUGAUUUACUUGAUCCUCUUUUCCACCAUCAUUCCCAUGAGUCUGCGCGUGAACCUGGACAUGGCCAAGUCGGUCUAUGGCCGUUUUAUCCAACGUGACAAGGAUAUUCCAGACACUCUGGUGCGAACAAGCACAAUUCCGGAAGAUUUAGGUAGGAUUGAGUACCUUCUUUCCGACAAAACUGGAACUCUAACUCAAAAUGAGAUGGAGUUGAAGAAAAUCCACGUUGGGACUGUAUCAUACGCAAACGACUCGAUGGAUGAGGUUGCAACAUUCGUACGCCACAGUUUCGCGGGAGAUACACUGACUACCCCGUCCACUCCGUUUGGCACACACGCUGGACAAGCCAAUGCUCCACGCACAAGAAGAGAAAUAGGGUCGCGAGUGAAGGAUCUUGUCUUCGCCUUGGCACUUUGCCAUAAUGUUACGCCAACUGGAGAGGAAGAGGAGUCUGGACGCAAAGUCACCAAUUAUCAAGCAUCCUCACCCGACGAAAUCGCGAUCGUCCGGUACACAGAAGAGGUUGGAUUAAAGCUGUCGCAUCGUGAUCGUCAAACCAUUGUUCUGGAAUCAACGGACUCUAAACGGGCCGUGGUUCGCGCCAGAGUUCUCGACAUCUUUCCAUUCACCUCUGAGAGCAAGCGCAUGGGUGUGAUUGUUCAAUUUGACCAGAACGGGCAUCUUUUUGAAUCAGACGAAGAAGUAGAGCCCGAAAUCUGGUUUUACCAAAAAGGUGCGGACACGGUCAUGACCUCUAUCGUGGCAGCAAAUGACUGGCUUGAUGAAGAGACCGCAAACAUGGCUCGUGAAGGUCUUCGUACUUUGGUUGUGGGUCGUAAGCGCUUGUCUCUCCAGCAAUAUCGGGAAUUUUCUGGCAAAUUCAAACAGGCCUCCUUGUCACUCCAGGCAAGAGACGUCGGUAUGGCGAAGGUCAUGAGCGAAUAUUUGGAACGAGACUUGGAGUUGCUUGGUGUGACUGGCGUGGAGGACCGACUGCAACGCGAUGUCAAGUCGUCUUUAGAAUUGAUGCGCAAUGCUGGCAUCAAAAUUUGGAUGUUGACAGGAGACAAAGUGGAGACUGCUCGUUGCGUCGCCAUUUCGGCCAAACUAGUUUCCCGUGGGCAGUACAUCCACACAGUAUCAAAGGUGACGGACAAGUCAACUGCUCAAGAAGCCCUGGACUUCCUGCGGAACAAGACCGACUGCUGCCUCCUUAUUGAUGGCGAGUCGCUCAAUCUGAUGCUCGGAGAAUUCCGGUCUGCGUUCAUUGCCGUUGCAGUACUUCUGCCGGCGGUGAUUGCUUGUCGGUGCUCCCCGACUCAGAAAGCUGAAGUUGCAAACUUGAUUCGUCAGCACACCAAGAAGCGUGUCUGUUGCAUCGGAGAUGGUGGAAACGAUGUCUCAAUGAUUCAGGCUGCGGAUGUUGGAAUCGGUAUUGUGGGAAAGGAAGGGCGUCAAGCUUCGCUCGCUGCCGACUUCAGUAUCACGCAUUUUCACCAUCUGACAAAACUACUCGUUUGGCAUGGUCGGAAUUCGUACAAGCGCUCUGCCAAACUUGCUCAAUUUAUCAUGCACCGUGGCUUGAUUAUUGCUGUAUGCCAAACCAUGUUCAGCAUCGCAGGGCAUUUCGAUCCCAAGGGCCUCUUCAUCAAUUGGUUGAUGAUUGGAUACGCUACAGUCUAUACCAAUGCGCCCGUCUUCUCGCUCGUGUUUGACAAGGACGUCGACGAGCGUCUUGCAAAUCUGUACCCGGAACUUUAUAAAGAGCUAAAGAGCGGCAAGAGCCUGAGCUACCGCUCGUUUUUCACCUGGGUCCUGAUAUCUAUUUACCAAGGCGCUGUCAUUCAAGGACUGUCGCAAAUCCUGCUUCAAACAAUCACAGGACCGCGUCUUAUCAGUGUUUCCUUCACGGCUCUUGUUCUCAAUGAAUUGGGCAUGGUCGCAAUCUCCAUAACAACAUGGCAUCCGGUUAUGAUCUUUUGUCUUUUCGGCACCCUUUUGAUCUACGCUGGAAGCAUUCCCUUCCUCGGUGACUAUUUCGACCUCCGCUACGUCAUCACUCUUGACUGGCUCUGGCGUGUUUUUGCAGUACUAGCUGUCUCCCUCAUUCCCAUCUGGGCUGGCAAGCUGAUCAAGCAUUCUUGGAAGCCCCCUAGCUAUCGCAAAGUGCGUGGCUGA